CAGUCUCUAGGGUUUGCGCGCUCUGGAGUCUCUUAACCUUCCAGGCUCCGGCUUUUCUGGAGCGGAGGCCGGAGCCCGGAGAAGGCUGAGAGGUCAAGGGAGAACCCCUCGCGAGGAUGAAGAAGAUUUUCAGCUUCGGCAGCAGGGGGGAGCUGUCUCCAUCUCGAGCCUCUUCCACCCCGCGUAGGGACAGCGGGGUCCGAGCUUUCGGCCCUAUCUCAGGAUACCUCGUCAGGGCCAAGGACCUGGGGAAGAUCUACAAAGCUGCCUCCAUCGGGGAUGUGGCGAAGGUGCAGCAGCUGCUGCUGCUGGGGAAGUCCGGCGUGAACGAUCGGGAUAAAGUGAACCGGCAGUACAGUAUCAGCAAGAGGAAUAUGCAAUUAUCCUGUUCAAACAUGGUGCAGACCCUAAUCUUGUGGACACCAACAACAGCACUGCACUUCACUAUGCUGCCUCUGGACAUAACACAGCCACAGCAGCAAAGCUGCUUAGACAUAAAAUGGAUAUUGAAGCAAAAAACAAAGUAGAAGCCCACCUCCUGUAUAAUAUAGUAUUUUAUGAGCCGUCUCUCAUACCACUUACUACAUCAAAUUCAUUAUUGCCUGAACCUCCUUAUACUCACUGUACAUAUUUCAUCUACCUUAGGGCCCAUGCGCGUGACCUGCGGUUGUGAUGCACGCAUGCCCAGUUCAGUCUGUCUCGCCCCGUUGCCAAGGCUACAAUUUUGAUCCUUCUGAGAUUGUUUUUGGUUUGGGGAUUUUUAAAAAAAUCACUAUGGCCACAUAGCAUUCCUGAGAGAAUAUUGGUGUUUAUAAAAUGAACUUUUGUGGCAAUGGGGUCAUUGGAAGUUCUGUGUAGUUUCUCAAAGGAGAUCAAUGGAUCUCCUUUUCCCAAUAAUUAUGAGCCCAGUCCACUGCUGUUCUUCCAUACCAUCCAGGCAGUGUGUAUGUGUAUGUCUACGUAUAUAAACACCUCUACAAAGAUGUAGAUUGACCAAGUAGAUGGGACUGCCAUUUCAACUCCAUGGAAUCUAGAAAAUAUUUGCUUUUCAUCCACUUUUUCAGGGUGGAUUCUUAGACUAAUGUAUUUUGACUAAGUUUGGAUUUCAUCAAGGAGCCUUUUUCAUGUUCCAGGAGUGGAUACAAUUAUCACAAUGUCAUCCAAAAAUAAGAGCAUUUGUAAAUCUUUGCCAUCAUAUACCAUCUCUAUUCUAUUUGGACCCUGUGCAGGACAUCCAACACGGCAUUGGCAAACACCUUAGAUGCAGCAGGAGUUGGUAGAAGGCAUAGCUAGGGAACUUGAUGAAGCUACAUCUGAACUUGAAUCUAGAUCUUGAAGGACUUCUCCAAUAGGAUCUCUAAAUGAAUCCACAAGAAUGCCAAAACUGAAUCAUGAUCCAGAAAAAUUACAUGCUUUAAAGGAAGAAACCAUGUUUAUUUAUGAAAUAAACUAUUUAAAUAAUAUUCAGUGGUUUUCCAUUAAAUAUAUAAAUGUGAAAAAAUCUAUUAGAA